AUAAUUUUGAUCUAGAGUUGUAAGAAAAUCCAUUUAGAUUAUUACUACUAAAAAAGAAGAACUUUAGUGUUUUUUUUUUCUUAACCUACUUUUUCUGAUAUUCUGGUGUUUCCCCUCUGGAUCCUCCACCUGUACCUACUGUCCGUCCGUUUACCAUGUCCUCCGUUUCCAUUGAAAACUCCGAAAGAGUUUCUACUUCUUCUCGUCCAACCAAGCGUUUUAUUAAGGGUCCUGAUGACAAGGCCCAAAAGAAGGCUAUUAAUGACUUGCACGAAGAAAUUAAGAAGUUGAACCUUACUAAUGAUGAAAUCAAUGCUCAAAUUGAAAAAGUUGUAUCUGAUCCAAAGCUUAUUGCCAAGAGAUCUGAAUUACAAAAGGAAUUAAAGGAAUUGAUUUCUAAGCAAGGUUCUAUUAAAUCUGAAAGAAACACUAUUAUGGAUCAAAUUAAGGCUAUUGAUCAACAAUUGAAGAGAAAGAUUACUGAUAUUCAAGCUCAAACUUCUAAGAACUCUUUUAAGAAUGUUCAAGAAAUUGAUGCUAGAGUUAACUAUCUUGAUUCUCUUAUCGAUGAAGGUUCUUUAAAACUUGCUGAUGAAAGAAGAUAUGUUAAGGAAAUGUCUUCUUUACGUAAGUUACGUAAAGAUUUCGGAUCAAUUGAAAAAUUACAAGAAUUAGUUGAUCAAGAUAAGGAAAAAAUUUCUGAAUUGAAGAAAAAAUUGAAUGCUAUUCAAAACAAGGAAGUUCAAGCUAGAUUUGAAGCCAUUCAAAAGGAAUUGGAUGAAUUGAAUGUCAAGAACAAGGCUGUUUCCGACAAGAGACAAUCAUUAUUUGACCAAAGAAACAAGCUUAGAAAGACCAAGGAUGAAAAAUACUCUCAAAUUAAGAAAUUAAGAAGUGAUUUGGAUGCUGAAUUUGCCAAGUUUAAGUCUUUGAUGGCUGCCGAAAGAAAGAAGAGAGAUGAAGAAUACAAGCAACAACAAUUGGAAGAAAAGCAAAACAGAAGAAAGCAAAUUGCUGAAAAGGAAUUAGCUGCUGCUUCUGUUCCAGCUUUCUCCAAGGAAAUUGAUUCUCUUCACAUUUUAUUAUCUUACUUUGACCCAUCUUAUGUUAAGCCAGCUGCCAAGAACUUUGACUUGAUUAGACAAAGUACUGCUUCUUUACCACCAUCUAAGCCAACUAGACAAGUUGAAAUGCCAGAAGAUUUUGUUGUUAUUAAGAAGGAACAAGAAUCUUUUGUUUCUGCUUCCAAGUCCAAGUCUAAGAAGAACAAGAAGUCCACCAAGUCUAAGCCAUUCACCGUUGAAUCCGAUGUCAUUGCUACUUUGGGUGAAUUGAGUAUUCCAUUGCCAACCAAGACUGAUGAUGUUCCAGCCACCAUUGAAACUUUGAGAGAAACUUUGAAGGCUCUUGAAGAUAAGCAAGAAGAACAAACUAAGCAAAACAUCGAAAGAGCCAAGGCUAAGAUUGCUAAGCUUGAAGCUGAAGAAGAUGCUGCUGAAGCUGAAGAAGAUGCUGCUGAAGCUGCUGAAUCUGAUGAAACCAAGGAAACUGAAACUGAAGCUGAAACUGAAACUGAAACUCAACCUGAAGCUGAAGUUGAAGCUGAAGUUUCUGAAGAAGCUGCUGCUUAAUUUUUAGAUCAAAGUUUUCAGAGGUUAUCACUAAAGAGUAUGA